GCAAUGUUUAGGUUUUAUUUCUCACAAUUUUAUAAAUGUUAAUAUAGAUUUACAUGAUGCAAUAGCACAACGAGUAAAUACCAUUCAUUUUAAUGCCACCCAUUCAUACGAGCACAGUUUACGGGACGCUAUGAGAGGCUAUGGCGUACCAGGAAGGCGAGUCGCUGGAAUCAUGGCUCAACAAAGCCACACACCCAACUAAUAGGCAGGAAGACUGGGAGUACAUCAUUGGUUUCUGCGACCAAAUCAACAAGGAACUGGAAGGACCACAAAUAGCAGUUAAACUACUCAUUCAUAAAAUCCACUCACCUCAGGAAUGGGAGGCACUCCAAGCUUUAACGGUAUUAGAGGCAUGCAUGAAGAACUGUGGGAAGAGGUUUCAUAAUGAAAUUGCAAAGUAUAGAUUCUUAAAUGAAUUAAUCAAAGCUGUUUCACCUAAGUACUUGGGAGAUUCUGUUCCAGAGAAAGUGAAAACCAAAAUAAUAGAGAUCCUGUAUAGCUGGACCGUGGCUUUCCCCAAUGAAGCCAAAAUCAGUGAUGCAUAUCAGACCUUGAGAAGACAAGGACUCAUCUCCUCAGACCCAGAGCUCCCUGUUGACCGGAUGUUGCUACCCUCUCCUCCGACACGGGCCAAAAACCCUGUGUUUGACAACGAGGACAUGGGAAAGUUGCUGGCAGAGCUGCUGAGAAGUAAGAACCCAGAGGACCUUCAGGAGGCCAACCGACUCAUCAAGAGCAUGGUGAAGGAGGAUGACGUCAGGGUGCUGAAAAUGACAAAGCGCAUGAAGACCCUGGAAGAGGUGAACAAUAAUGUCAAGCUACUGAACGAGAUGCUAAGCCACUAUGACAAAGACAGGUCCUCCGAGUCAGAUCGAGACCUUAUCCGGGAGCUGUAUGACCGCUGUGACAAGCUGAGGCGCACCGCUUUCAAACUGGCCACUGAGACGGAGGACAACGACUCAAAUCUGGGUGAUAUUUUGCAGGCCAGUGAUGACCUUUCGAAGGUCAUUAGUCUGUACAGGAGGGUUGUGGAGGGGCAGACAGACAACGGAGACACUGAUGACCCAAGGCCAGCUGGCCCUGAGAGUAAUGCUGGUGGGGCUGAAGUCACAGACACGCUGAUUGAUCUGGCAGGCUUUGAUGCCACAAAUCCUCCAUCUCCACAGUCAGUCCCUCCCCCAGCCAUCUCUAAUCUCUCUCCAGCCAAACAGACGGCCACCUCCAUUCCGGUCCUCCCGCCUCCGCCUCGCCGAUUGGCUGGGGCUGCGGGCAGUCAUGCCAGUCAGACUUCAAGCCCCAGUCGACACAUCACCAAGCAGUCUGCUUCUCUCUCCCUGCUCGAUGAAGAGCUGCUAUCUUUAGGCCUGAAUGACCCAGCCCCAGGUCUUAAUAACCAAACACAGAAGGCAGAUGACUUCUCCAAGCACCAGUGGGCAUCAUUGCAGGUCACCGAUACAGGUUUGGAUCCAUUCGGCCUGCAGGCCACAGGGCCGGUCUUCUCCGCAGCACAGCCCGCUGCGACUGUGUUCCCCCCUACCAGCCAGACAUUCACAAAUAGCGCCCCCUCUGGUCAUGGUCUUCAAGAUCUUUCCAUGUUGAACUUGGGGGAGCCUAAAAGCUUGCCUGUGCAGCCCAUCACUGGCAACCCCUUUGUAACGGCCGCUGUUCCUGUGCCACUGGUCCAUGCCGCUCCGAACCCUCUCCUCCAGAUGGGGGCGCUCCCGGGCUCGCCCCUGCUGAGUCACACCCGUGCCCAGGCCAUCAGCUCUGCGCCAGGAAGCCCCCUCUUCCGCUCGCUGUCCCCCGCCCCUUCCUCCCUGCAGGGCAGCCCUGCCAAAGGCCCCGAGAUCUCCAUGGCCAACCUCCAUGUCCCGCUUGAUGCCAUUAAGCCCAGUAAGGUCCUGCCUGUGACCGCGUACGACAAGGACGGGGUGCGCGUGCUGCUCCACUUCGCUUCUGAGUGUCCGGCAGGCAGACCAGACGUGCUGGUAGUGGUGCUGUCCAUGCUCAAUACAGCGCCUUUGCCCAUUCGCAACGUCAGUCUGCAGGCAGCAGUCCCCAAGUCCAUGAAGGUGAAGCUACAGCCUCCAUCAGGAACGGACCUGGCACCAUUUAACCCCAUCUUGCCCCCACCCUCCAUCACCCAAAUCAUGCUGCUGGCCAAUCCCCUGAGGGAGAAGGUGCGACUGCGCUUCAAGCUGAUGUUUCUGCUCGGCGAGAGGCAGUACGCUGAAGUGGGCGAGGUGGACCAGUUUCCCCCGCCAAGCCAGUGGGACAAACUAUGACCCGUGACCUCUGAACCCUGACCUACGGCUCCGGACCCUCUGUGUCCAGUGACCGCCUCCGCAGGGGAGAACGCCGGGAGGUGCGGGGGAAGAGUGCUGUUUCCAGGUGUCGCGCAGCUUGCACUAACUGUCACCCUUGUCAUUCCAGUGUGCUUCUCAUUGUGUUGCUGACCAAAGGAGAGAAAAAAAAAAUAGUGCAGGUCCACCAAGUGUAAGUAUCACAUCUUACAGCGCUGACGAGCAAAACAACGCUUCGUCCUGACUGCUGAACACAACCACUGUGUGUAAUGUGGGCUAACAUGGAAAACAGGACACAGUCCCAUAAUGUCCUGCAUUCAGAUAAGCACACAGAUGGACAGGACCAUUUCUCAAUCCCUGUGGAAGUGAGAUGACAUAGCAUAGCAUUUCAUAGCUAAUUUUCCGUUUAUUCCGUUUAUAUUUUGGUUAUGAAGUGGACCAGGCAAAGUUAUCACGAUGGAGAUUCAGACGGGACCAUGAGUUAACCAACCUGUUAUUUACAUACUGUAAUUAUUUUCUGUAAUAUAAGCUGAAUCAGUGACUAGCACCUUUAAAGGUACACUAAGAAAGUUUCACCUUUCCAGCAGCUGAGCUGCCUGUAGGUGGGUUUAACUGCUCCUUGUGUCGAUGGCCAGAAACAUCCAAACAUAUGGGUCUACUACACACUAGUCUGGCCAUCACCAUACUAAGCACAAUCUUUUAAGAUUGACCAUUAGUCUGGGGAGUCUGCGCUUCAUUUCAACUACAUAAGAGGCGUGAUCAAUGGUAUAGUUCAAAUGACUGUAUGCUUUUGGAUAGUCCUUCAACCAAUCAGACCAACGAUCCGGGUACGCUUUUUGGAUAAGCUAGUUUGUGAUUGGACCCAGAAGAUGUGGACAGGAAGCAGGAGAGAUAGAUGUGCAGGUUUCCAGCCUGAGCUGCAGGGCGAAAUCCAAAUCGCCGGCAGAUCAGGCAGGUUUACCCAGCCUAGGUCCACACUAUAAUGAGAUGAAAAUGAAUCCACAUCAAUGGGAUAUACUGGCUAUUUAAGGAUUUUCUCUUGACAGUUACUAAUUGUACCUUUAAAGAUGCUACGGUAGGUACAGUUGUGGUGUCAAGGGGUCUGAAAGCCUGACAAUUUCGAUGGCCGGCGCAUGUAGUCCUUUACGCAUUUCACAUUGUGCCAGAAAUUUGCCAUAUUAUGUAUUAUUCCUAAGCCCCUCUUCCCCUGACACAUCUUACCAAAGAGUAAAUACCCUCAAAGGCUCCACAGGAAACAGGCCACCAGUAUCCAGACAGGCUUAUGAGGUUACAACUACACCAGUGGAGCUCCAGUGUCAAGGAUACUAGUUUGACAUCUGCAGUAAUUGUUUACGUUAUAGUUGAAGUGAUAUUUUACAUUUGCAAAGUCGAACCUUGGAUGUGUACACCACCUCUGGAUAGUGCGAGGAAAGUGACACCAGGAAAGAGAGGUUCACGACCAUUAUCUCCUCAGCAGAACAGGAACUUCUGGGAGUUAGAAUAACUUGCUUUGUUAACACUAUAAUCCAUCUGAACCCCUGGUGCAGUGUGAUGAACCCCUGGUGAUCACUACAGAGCUACUGAUGUGACUUAGCCCAUUUUAAUACCACCAUGCCUUUUAGCUAAACAAAAGUACAUAUCAUAGUUUCUGUUUACUGCAGUUACAUCUUUAGGGCAAACCACUAUUUCAGGAGCUUGCUUUGUGGAAAAGAACUGACAGGAAGCACAUGUUUGUGUUAACAUAAUGCCCUUGUAGUUAGGAGAGGUUAUUUUGAAGCCAGUAUGUGCAAUGAUGUUGGGGCCACUGAUGGGGUUUUAGUCAGAAGACACAAUUUCAUGUUAACUUUCGUCUCUGACUCUGAGUGGUGGAUUAGUGAAAGAUGUUCAGUAUACUGGAAUAUCACAGGAAACCCGGAGCCUGUUGGAUCAAACUGUGCUGUUGUAUCUACUUCACAGGUCCCAGAGGAACGCUUACUUUUCUACAUCAGUAGUGUAACCUCGUCCACAGCCUAAAAUAUACAAAACCAUUUUAUGUGCAGGCUGUUAUUUAUUUAUUGAAAGAGUAGUUUAUUGUAUUCUUCCGUAUUUAUAUUAUGACAGUAUUGUGAUUGUAUUGUAUGUGCUGCAGUUAGUCGCUGUGGUAUUACGGACAGCGAGUCCUUACUUGACCAAACUUUCCCCCAGGCUGACCUCCCAACAUCAGCAUGUGUUGACAUUUAUGGAUAAAUAGAUACAAUUGUUCAGUUGAUAUUUAUGAAUUUAUGAGGCAUAAUCGCAACAGGUCACCCCGUACAACGUAGAAGGGCAACAUGGAAAAGUGACCCGGAAAGUAUUUGUAUCUCUAGGCAUAUUUUGCCCAGGGGAACGACCAUAAAUGAAGGACACAUGAACCUGUUAAUAAGACAUUAAUAUGGUUGACAAUAUUUAAAAAUGGGAGAAUCCCCUUUGUCAUAAACACCUCAGCUGGCAGUGUUCGUCUAAAUUCAGCAGUUGCUGGAACAUAUGACCCUGCAAUUGGUACCACAGGUACCGAGUGUACCAUUGAAUCAGAAGUUUAUAUCCAGCGUCUAUUCAUGCAUUCUUGUGGUGACAGCCUUCAGUGGCUUAUCAGAUAAAGCAAGGUGUAAAUGCUAAUCGGUUUCACCUUGAUUUUGCAUUAAAUGAAGGUAUUACUAAUGUACCGGGGAACUGUGCUGGCUUUGAACAGCUGGCUUUCAAAAGUAUGUGGGGUUGACAAUUACAUUGUGACAGGCAUACAACUCCAUAUAAACAUAUCUGCUGUUAUGUGUGAUGUUG